AUGCCAGAACUGCCUGUACCCGCAGCGGCGGUUAGAAAUGGUCACGGUCAUUCUGCCGACUGCGGGCGCAUGCUGCUAGCGGCUGCCCUCGGAGCACAUUCAAAGCUCUCACCAGCAAAUCAGUCAAGGCUUGCGCCUUCAUCUCCAACUUCGCCAUUUUCCCCGUGGCAGAAAAGCUCGGAGGGAACUCCAGCCAGACGAGUAGCCGACGAGUACAUGGAGGAUGGAGACGCUAGGCUACAGAAGGAGUCUGAUCAGGUAAAGCAAGACGGAGAAGAGCAGAAGGCUGGCUUUGGGUGGUACCUGAUGCGUUCUGCUUUGAAUGGCCUUCGCUCCCCCAGCAAGCAAGAUGCUGAACAGGAGCAGCCACGUGUACAGAAAAACCAUAGCCUGGACUUGAUGGAAUCCAUGGAGGAAGGCCACGCCCACGAAAUCACUACUGAUUUCGUGGUGCCGCUGCGAAGAUCUAGCAAGCUGUGGCGUUUCCGAGUUCUCCGAUCAGAGGACAAGCUAUCAGCCCGCCUCGUCACAGAUGCAGGUGACUUUCUUAUGUAUGCCAGUGUUAGACUAGAGGCACACCGUAUAGACUUCCACCUAUACGACAGUUGUCAGAAAGAUCUCUUUAACCCGGCCAGGCCAGCCUUCACCAUGAGCUUCAACUCUUCAAGAGACGAGUGGAGACUGGUGGCAGAACAGUGCCAGGCUUGCCACUAUGUGCCUCCGCAUCUUUCCUGCGCUGCGCACGGCAAGCAGCAGGUGGCUGUCAUCAAGCAUAGGCAAGCUGCUGUUGGGGAAGGCAUUUCAAACAUCAUGGAGGUUCGGAUACCGGGCCUUUACCAGAAUGACACCAGUGUGAUCUGGUGCCCAAUGCUAGGAAUGCCCGACUUGGCAGAUGCGGAAGAGAGUAAUGAGAUCCAGCAACUCAUAACCCGGAAACCGGUAUGGAAUGAGCAGGUGCAGAGCCUGGUAUUGGAUUUCAAAGGUCGCAACAUCGUCUCCUCAGCCAAGAAUUUUCAACUGGCGUUGCGUCAAAAGCCGCAGCACGUCAUCUGCCAGUACGGAAAGCUUGGGCCAACAAACUUUGGUCUUGAUUUCAGAUAUCCCAUGAGCGUUAUACAAGCAUUUGGCGCAGCCAUGUCAACUUUGUUCUGGACGUGA